AUGGAGAUACAAUAUGUAACAGCUACUCGUUUCAAACUCAACACAUUUAAAGAUAUAUUGGAGAAUAAGAGAGCUGACAAGAGUAAAAUUACAACUGCUUUGUUAACCAAUAACCAACAACCAGCAUGGGCAUCAACACUACAAUCACUCUGCGACGACAUACCAUCAAUCGACACACUAUUCAUGAACGGCCAGAAUGCCUUUAGUGAUUAUCCAAUGGAUGUAGUCGAUCUUGGAUCAAUUGAACGCUUGCCUCAUCUCGAACGUCUUUCAGUUUAUGGUGUAAAUCAGGUGAAACUUGGUCAACACACAACACUCAAGUCGAUGAAACUACACGUAGGCACCUCAUGCACUCGCUCUGACUUGGGACUCACCAGAUUCGUAUCGCUGACCGAGUUGAGCUUGAAGAAUCAUUUUGUGUCUAGUAUUGGUCCAGAUCAAUUGCCAAUCAGUCUGACAUUACUCACUAUCAGAUUGAACAAGACACCUCCACGAGAUUCAUUCCGUUCAUUAAAGUCGCUUGUCAAACUCAAGAUCAUCUUGCGAAGACAGGGAGAUUCAGAAACAACAGCAAUCAUUGAUCUCGAACAUCUACCCAACCUCGAGACAUUCAAGCUCACCGACUACUUGAUGGGCAGAAAAUGCGGCAUUGAGAUUCGUGUCCCUCCUUCCAUCAAGAUUGUAGCAAUUCCGUCCAAUGGUGUACAAAUCCAAUCACAGUGUGUCAUGCCAUUGUUAGAAACAUUGGAUGUUCACGGAGACGUAUUGAUUGAUGGAGGGGUCAGUCUAAAGUCAUCACCUUUUCUCAAGAAACUGGUUAUUCACGGAUGCGUCAAUUCCAUACCAGCCAAUAUCAUGCCAUCCACCGUUGAAAAGGUUACAGUAUAUUGUUAUGCAAAAGGUGUGGAUAUAUUUAAAAAUGUUGUAUUCCCACCGUCACUCACUCAUUUAACCGUCUCUGGAGAAUGUUCAGUAUUUAGAUUAGAUGAAGUGAUCAACCAUACCAAUGUUAGAGAUUUUUCAAUCUCCUUUACCACUACUCCAACCUAUCAAUUUUCAAUUCAAAGAUUGGACAAGGACAACAAAAAUGUAUUGGUAUUGGAGAAACAGACAAUGACAGGUGGAAUCAUCACUCAACGACUAAAAUCAACAAACAAUCAACAACAACAAGAUGACCAGCAAAAGACACAAUAUCGUCCCAUUUAUUUACAUUUUUGCCCUCUCUUAUGA